AUGAAGCCAACAAGAGGCAAAACUCCCAAGAAAACCCCUCGGAAGCCUCCUAGCUGUGCUAAGGACCCCGUUGAGGUGUACUGCAGGUUGAGACCAGUGCAAGAGGAUGAUGAACUGUGUAUCGAAGUCAUCAAUACCAACACAAUACAACUCAAACCUCCAGAGGGUUCACAUGCGUUCAGAACGGGCAAUUACAAAGAGACACAGCAUUUCUUCAAGUUUGUCUUCAGUGAAGAAUACUCACAGAAGGCUAUAUAUGACAGUAUAGCAUUGCCACUGGUAGAAGAUCUUCUUCAUGGCAAGAAUUCACUGCUCUUCAUGUAUGGAGUCACUGGGUCAGGUAAGACGUAUACCAUGCAGGGCACACCCACAGACGGAGGAGUCCUGCCUAGGUGUCUUGAUGUACUAUUCAACAGCCUGGGUGAUCUACAGGCCAGGAAAUAUGUUUUCAAGCCAGACAGGGUGAAUGGCAUGGAUGUACAGACGGAAGCAGAUGCUAUGUUGGAGAGACAGAAGAAAGAGUUGAUGCCCCCACCGGUAGCCCCACGUACCCCACGCACGCCUAGGGCACCCGUAACUCCCCGUACACCCAGCACACCCAGGAGACCAAAGAAAGCUUUCCCUGACCUGGACAACUUUGUAAGGGUUCCAGACCCGACUUGCCUGAGCACCAUUGAUGAGGACAACAACUACGCCAUCUUUGUUUCCUACGUCGAGAUCUACAACAAUCAAAUCUUUGAUCUGCUAGAGGAGCAACCCUACUCCCUCCAUUCAAAGGGCUUGACACCAAGGAAUCUGAGGGAAGAUCACAUCCAUAACAUGUAUGUGGCUAUGUGCACAGAAGUAGAGGUCAAAACAACAGAAGAUGCAUACAAAGUCUUCCUCAAAGGUCAGGCCAAACGUAAGGUGGCUCACACCCAGCUCAACACAGAGUCGAGUCGUAGUCACAGUGUCUUCAACAUCAGACUGGUCCAGGCACCACUAGACUCGCUUGGACAGGAGGUUAUACAGGACAAGGACCAGAUUGCUAUCAGUCAGCUGUCCCUGGUCGAUCUAGCUGGAAGUGAAAGGACACACCGAACCAACAACACAGGAGACAGACUGAAAGAAGCUGGAAGCAUCAAUGCCUCUCUCAUGACACUCAGGACAUGUAUUGAGACACUGAGAGAAAACCAGACAGAAGGAUCCAACAAGAUGGUCCCAUACAGAACUUCCAAGCUAACCCAUCUCUUCAAGAAUUACUUUGAUGGUGAGGGUAAAGUUCGGAUGGUGGUGAAUGUCAACCCUAGUGCCAAGGAUUUCGAUGAGACCACUCAUGUGAUGAGGUUUGCUGAGAUCACACAGGAGGUACAAGUAGCUAGACCCACGGAGAUCAGGUUUGACAUUGGUCUCACUCCAGGCAGAAGAAAGGCUAAUGAAGAAUACAAGAAACUUCUUGAAGAGAAUGGUUAUGACAUGCCACCUCCUCCACCGCCCCUUCUCACCCUUGGACCCCCGUUCCCACUCUUACAGCUUUCCGAUCCAUGUGAUGAGGAAACCUUGCCCCACCUCUUGGCAUUCCUGGCAGAGAGAGAAAAGAGAAGAAGAAUCAUGGAAGAUGAACUUGCCAGAAAACAGGGUGCCUUCAGGGCCAUGCUGGUGGAAUCGGACCACGAGCUAGAUCACCUACGCACCGCCAACACCGACCUGACGGCCAAGCUGAGCUCCAAGACCCGGGAGUGCGAUCGGAUGGAGAAGCGAAUCAGGUCCCUGGAACAGGACAACGUCGUGCUGCAACGCACCCACAACAUGUAUGAGAAAGACAAACGGGACAUGGCAUCAGAGCUUUCCGAAAAGGAGAAGAUGAUUCAGAUGGAAACCCAGGAGAGAGCUCGUCUCAAGCAAGCCCUCAAGGGAGCCGUCACCAAUCAGAGGGACAAGUGGGAGAAGGAAUGUAACAAGAGGGUUCGUCAGACGGAGCUCAAGCUGCAGACGGAGAUGUGGGUGAGAGAGGAGAAGCUUCGUCAGCUGAAGCAGAUCGUCCAGGGCCACGAGGAGGAGGAGAGCGCUAAGAAAGCAGCCAAGGAGGUGCUGGUAGAGAGCUUCAACCGCUCCAGGUCACCGCCGGCACAGAGGAAGAACAACCCGCCGCCGGUCAGGCUUCGACAUCGUCGAUCACGCUCCGCCUCCAACAGCGUCUGGAUCGAUCACCAACCGACGGAGACUCUAAACACAGAAACUGUCCUGCAGCCCAACAAAUCCAAGAAUGCCAAGCGGGUUUCCAACCCAUCUAUGAAGGAUAUCAGGAAGACAGAUAACUACAUGUUGACUCACCAAGAGGAAGAUUCUGCUGGGGAACUAGAGACCAAGAUUUACAAGGCUGACGUGAUACCCACCAGGGGAGGUGGACGUGCCGUACAGUUCACCGAUGUGGAGAAGCUGAGGUCUGAAGACCCCCUGUCCUCUACCCUCGGUAGGAGCAAGCGAAGGGUGGAGGAUGAUCCAGCCGAGUACAGCGGGGAAUGGACGGAUGUAGAGACAAGGUGUGCUGUUGGGCUUGAGCAUAGAGCAGGAUCUUCAUCGGUAUCAGCUGUACACACUGUGGCCAACAAGAAGCACAAGAAAUCUCGCUGA